GGGGUGGGGUAAAAGUAGAGAGCCAAUGAUCAGCUCAAUGUGUUCAGUGGAGACAUGAAGAGCUGCAAGAGUGAUGGUGAUGGAGGAGAAGGGAGGAGAAGAAGGGGAGCGGACGCACGGAUGACGACUGGAAGUACGCGAGUGCACCAAGGAGAACAGGUCGAUGCGUGACUGUGGGCGAGGGAGAGAGGAAGACAGAGAGCCAGAAGCAGGGGAGUGAUCCGUUAACCUGCAUCUUCAAAAGACAGAGCCAGGCACGCAGAUAUCAUGGCCAACGCCACAACCAUCAUUCACUCAAGUAGCCUCCCAUCGCACCCCGAGGUCGUCCCUCUGUCCCGCGUCUCCCUGCAGGUCCAAGAAGUCUACCCCUUCCACGACAGCUGGAACAUAGCCUGUUUCAUCAUCCUGCUGCUGUUUAUCCUCGCCGUCCUGUCCCUGACUGCUUUGGCCGUUCUCUAUGAGCUGCUGGACUGUGGGUGCUGUGCUAAAGGGAAAACACACCACCAGCUAGAGGAGGAAGGGCCUGGAAGCUGCAGCAAGCUCAUGACCAACAUCUGCAAGGAGCCAGAAUCCCACACUGAGGUGGUGUAAAGGCAGGGAUGAGGGAAAAUCACAAAUUUGGGUUUUGGAUUGCUCCAAAUCACAGCCACGACUCCAUUUCCCAGAAAAAUAAGACAAUCUGAGGCUGGACACUUAAGAGAUUAAACAUGGCAAAAUAUAGAAAAUUCAAAGGUAGAGCUUGAGUUUUUAUUUCUGUCAAGAAUAUUCGCCAAGUAUUUACAAGAUUUUACAAAGUAUAUAUGUAAAGAAAGGUGAAAAUACUAGUGACUGGGCAACACUAGUGUACAAAAACAGACAAAUGCUGUAUUUAUCAUAGGAACUGUGGAAAAAACAUGUUGCAUUUAGUGGGAUGAUGAAGGCUUUCUGUUUUCCUUUUUUAAAGUAAAAGGUUUCAUGCUUAAAAUCUGGCAGAGGUAGCCGCUGCUUAGGAUAAAACUAGCACUUCCUAUUAUUUGCUAAACUGAAGCCAGUGGUGUCAACAUGUUUAACACAAGUUUGAUGAGUUUAUUAUUUGCACAGUGACAUACUUUGUGUAAUGCUCAGUAGUGUAAAACACCAUAAGCGUUGUGUGUUUUAUAUUUUAGCUCAAAUAAAGAUGGCAGAAUGACAGCAAAA